UGCUAUCAUCUCCCCGGCACAAUCUACCUGUUGCUUCUGUGCUACACAAGGGGGCCAGCCAAGGCAACGCAAGCCACGAUUCGGUACCGUGAGCCACCGAAGGGCGGCGGCGACAACUGCCAUUCUAUUGCAGCCAGAUUUGAAAAUUUGCCAUACCAAGAUCGACGGGCGAGGGAUACGGGUGCCAGCAUGCUUCAGCUGAGUCGGCAUCCCUCUUGACAUUGUGUUCGUGGAAAAGGACAUUGACCUGAAUCAUUGCAAUUGAACAGUGGCAAUGGUUUUGUACAUCCUCAUUCUACCGUCAAAUCUCUUCGCAGUCCCAACACUCUCCCUUGCUUCAGAUUUUUCCGUUUCGAUGUCUCUCAAGCCAGGCCAAACAACAAUCGAACUCACAGCACGAAUUCGAGCAGGCCCAGAGGCCUCGCAAGCUUUUCCCCCUGUCCCCUGCAUGCCCAACCCUAAGACUGUGUGGCCUUGUCUCUAGCGGGCAGCUCCCGCCCGUCGCCCCAACCGCGAGCUCCGAUAGCAACCAGAAGCAUUGAGGCUAGAGCACAUGCUACCUAGACCAAAGCUGAGUAGCGCUGAAGUCCGUCAUUCCGGAGACAGUUUCCGGCCUUGGAGCAUCGAAUGGCACCGUUGGAGGGAGGGGUAAGGAGGAAUGUUGCUGGCCUGAGAAUCCCGGACCGAACAAAGAACUCGCGCUGGCUUCGAGUACCUCUCAGGCUCUCAGGCUCUUCUCUCUCCACCACCCACCAGGGCACACCACCAACUGACUGGCCUCUUGUGCUAUUC